UCUCAUGGCCCGGUAUCGGGAGCAACACUCACGCUGACCAGAGAGCACGGCAAUCUCGUAAUAGCAUUCACAGCCUUUUUUGUCACCAUUAUAUCUUCUCGCUUCUGGCGCAUCUUGUUCCAUCGAUACUACUCUGAUGUUUCACCUCACGAUGCUCUUCACCACCAAUGCCAAGUCACCUUGCGAAACUCGGCCUCCCCAGCGAGUGGUCUUUGGACACUCGGUCAGCUGGCUUUCGUCCGGUGCGACAGAGCAAAACAUUCCAUCAUAAGGGUGCUUCCGGCUUUCUUCUCUGCUUUUAUCUGUGCUUUCGGACGCGCCCUCGCAAGUGGCUUCUCUUCUAACCUUGCAACAUCGAGCAGCCACGAGGUUUUACUUGAUGGUUCAAAUUGUUCCCUUUUCAGGUUGAGAGAAUCCACUCCCGGCAGUUUCAGUGCAGCAGUGGAUGCGAGUGUAAGAAAGGCCAACACCGCCACGAAUUAUGCUCAAGAUUGCUAUAAUUUCAGUAACUAUGGAGGAUGCAGUGCUGGCUCACCCUGCAACCCGUUUGUCGUUCCACGGCUAGCCCUAUCGCAAGACACCAAUUGCGCCGUGUCCUUUCAGUGA